UAAGUGUUUAGAUUUCUCGCCGGCGCCGCUGCCCCGGCAGAGCGCGCCACUCCUUCGUCGAGGCAGGACGUGCGUCCAAGCCCGACCGAGCAGAGGCCAGUGGGAGCAGUGCCAAGCCAAAGCCAGCCGAGCCCAACGGCCCCUCGACCCGGGCAUCCUCUGCCUUCCCGCCGCUCCCCUCCGGAAUUGCGCUCCCCGCGCCGGCACAGCUGCCCCAGCCGCGCCGGGACCUUCGGGCGCCGCUGCUGGAUCGCGCCCGUUGCAGAGCCAACAUGCCCAUCACUCGGAUGCGCAUGAGACCCUGGCUAGAGAUGCAGAUUAAUUCCAACCAAAUCCCAGGGCUGAUCUGGAUUAAUAAAGAGGAGAUGAUCUUCCAGAUUCCAUGGAAGCAUGCUGCCAAGCAUGGCUGGGACAUCAACAAAGAUGCCUGUCUGUUCCGAAGCUGGGCCAUUCACACAGGCCGAUACAAAGCAGGGGAAAAGGAGCCGGAUCCCAAGACAUGGAAGGCUAACUUUCGCUGUGCCAUGAACUCCCUGCCAGACAUUGAGGAAGUGAAGGACCAGAGCAGGAACAAAGGCAGCUCAGCUGUGCGGGUGUACCGGAUGCUUCCACCCCUCACCAAGAACCAGAGGAAAGAGAGAAAGUCCAAGUCCAGCCGAGAUGCUAAGACCAAGGCCAAGAGGAAGUCAUGUGGUGACUCCAGUCCUGAUACCUUCUCCGAUGGACUCAGCAGCUCCACCCUGCCUGAUGACCACAGCAGCUACACAGCUCAGGGCUACAUUGGGCAGGACUUAGAGGUUGAGCGGGCCCUUACUCCAGCCCUGUCACCGUGUACCGUUAGUAGCACUCUCCCUGAAUGGCACAUCCCAGUGGAUAUUGUGCCAGACAGCACCAGUGACCUGUACAACUUCCAGGUGUCACCUAUGCCCUCCACCUCUGAAGCCACAACAGAUGAGGACGAGGAAGGGAAAUUAACUGAGGACAUCAUGAAGCUCUUGGAGCAGACAGGAUGGCAGCCGACAAAUGUGGAUGGGAAGGGGUACCUGCUCAAUGAACCCGGGGCCCAGCCCCCGUCUUUCUAUGGAGAUUUCAGCUGCAAGGAGGAGCCAGAAGUUGACCGCCCUGGGGGGUUUAUUGGGCUGAUAGCUUCCGAUCUGAAGAACAUGGACAACAGCUGGCUGGACAGCCUGUUGACCCCAGUCAGGCUGCCCUCCAUCCAGGCCAUUCCUUGUGCACCGUAGCUGGGCCCCGGUCCCCUCUUACUCCCCUGAGCAAGCAGGACCUGUCAUCAUGGUAGCUGUGAUGCAAAGAAACAGGACUCCUAUGGGCUCCUUGACAUGGCAAAGUAUGACCCCAUUGCUGAGCAGGGAUGGGGCCUCCCUCCUUGGGACAGUGGCCUCUUGGGGUCUGGCAGGCCGGGAUCUGGGCUCAUCUUGUGGGAUAAAGCUGGCCCUGUCUCCUGGGAAGAUGGGGUUCUGAGAUUGAUGUGUCAGGUGGAGGUCUCAGCUAGGAGUCAGCCUCCAGCUUUUCCCCCUAAGCCCAGCUGCCUGGAGAAGGUUCUGCUGUCACUGAGGUGGCCCGAGGGAACAGACCAACGACCUCAGAAAAGCACAGCACCAAUCCCAGGGCUGGCUCUGCACUAAGAGACAAUUGCACUAAGUGAAUCCUAUUCCCAAAGAACCCCCUCCCUUCCCAGCUGAGCCCUGGGGACUGUUCCAAAGCCAGUGAAAUGUGAAGGAAAAUGGGGCCCUGCAGGACAGUGCUCCCUCAGCCUCAGAGGAGCUCCACCCUGCUCAGGCUGAGGGGCUUGGGACAAAACUCGGCACUUUUUCUUGUGGACCUUGCCACGUUUCUGAUCAGAGGUGUACACUAACGUUUCCCCCAAGCUCUCAGCCUUUGUUUAUUUAUAUAGUGCCUUGCCCUGUGCCCACCUGCCCCCUCAGGCGGGCCCCAGCAGCCCUCAGCAGGCCCUGGGAGGGAAGUGUGAGUAUCUUGGUGUGAUUUUUAAAAUUGGAAACGCCUUGUAAUCACUAAGUCAUGUGUGACCACAUAUGUACAUGUAUGUAAAUAUGUACAUUUGUCUUUUUAUAAAAAGUUCAUUGUUUAUAAGAGGUGUGGCCUUUUAUUUAGAUAUAAAUUGCAAAUCAUUUUACUUUUUGUAGAGAUAUUGUGAUGGACUCAUUCUUGGCAUCCUGCCUGAACUUGACUUAGGGGUGAGCAGUGACAUACACCAAUGCAAAAUCCUUUCAGUUAUGUUCACAAAGAAGAUGACAGGAAGAGGGGACAGUCAUGGCAAAGGGACAUGCUCAUAUAAAUACAUUCACUUGCCCUUGGCUUUAUUGCCGGGCUGUGAGUUACUGGGGCUCCAAGGCCUGGGGAGUGUUAGGUUUUGAGUUCUGAGUAAUGUGCCAUAUAGUAUAUGUCCUGGUAAACUCAAAUGCAAGUGUACUCAGAUGCUACUUCAGAAAGUUAACAGUUGGUAGGUAUAGAACAGUCAUGGACAGUCACAACAGACCCCAGCCCAGAACAGGAUACCAAGGCCUGUUGUACUGGGCACUACCUGUCUAGUUUCUGCAGUGAUGAAAAUGUUCUCUCCCUGUACUGUCCGAUAUAGUAGGCAGUGGCAAAGUCACAUGUGCCAACUGAGCAAUGUGGCCAGUGCGAUGAAGGAACUGAAUUUUUUUUUUUUUAAUUUUUUUUUUUUUAACGUUUAUUUUAUUUUUGAGACAGAGAGAGACAAAGCAUGAAUGGGGGAGGGUCAGAGAGAGGGAGACACAGAAUCGGAAACAGGCUCCAGGCUCUGAGCGGUCAGCACAGAGCCCGACGCGGGGCUCGAACUCACAGACCGCGAGAUCAUGACCUGGGCCGAAGUUGGCCGCUUAACCGACUGAGCCACCCAGGCGCCCCGGAACUGAAUUUUGAAUUAGUUAAAACGUAAGUAGCCACAUGUGGUUAGUGGCGACCUUAUUGGACAGUACAGACAGUACAGAUUAUUGUAUUGGACAGAACAGAUACUGGAUUGGGGGCAGAUCUGAGAGGGAGAGGCUGGAGUGGCUGGAGGACACUAGGGAUGUACUUGGGGCCACUUACCUGCCAAUUCAAGAGUAUUUUACUAUUUUGAUGGCCAACAAUAACUAUCAGUGCUGAAUACCAGCUGUGCAGUGUAUUGUAAAACAGGUCGAUGCACAAAUGUGUUAGGAAGAGCUUGGAUGACUACAUGGAACACUUUUCCUUUCUCCAUGUCUCUUCAAGGUUCUGGCUGAGCUUAUGCACACAAAAUCUCUAUAAGGAGUAUAUAUGAUCAGAACAAUGUUUCUGAAAACCAUGGGUUGAGAACUACUGCCAUAUGGCAAUGCCUCCUUCAAAUAAGGCCCAAGUCAAAGGAAUGUCUGAAGGUGAAAGGUCUGGAUUUGGGCUUUUCUCAUCACCACGCCCCCUCCAACCAGUCCCUGCCCUGGGGGAUAAGCAGUACCUAGCAGUAAGGCUGGCCAAGGGAAACUAGCUGGUACCACUAUCAACAUCUAGGGAGUGAGGCCAUGGCAGUAAGGGGGUUGCUCAGGGAAACCAAGCCCUGUGGACACUUCUCCAUACUCUUAGUCCCAGAAAUUGCUUGGAUUUAGAUCCCCUCCCUGGGACCAGCCCUCUGGAAGGAGUGUAACAGGCCCUUGGUAGAGGAGG